AUGGAGGAGACCGACGCAAUCGCAAGCCUCGUCCGAACUGAAAGCCGGAAAAUUAAAAAACUUCCAAGCAAGGUAGUGACCGAUUUGGAAGCCGCAGACAUACCCCGGUUGUUUUCCCUAAAGGGGUGGGAAGACUACAAGGUUGAAAUCGUCUCCCUUCUUUACAAAAUUUUUGAAACCGCCGCACAUUCCUCCUGUACGGGCGACUAG